AUGAAGUGUUUUCCCUCUUCAGUUUGCAAGGUAAGUCUGAAGGAUGCCCACUCGGCCAUUGGAGUUAUUCGUAAAUACCGGGACUGGACAGCUCAAUUACCGAAGGAUGAAAACAAUUUCAUCUCAUUGCCUGGAGUUUCCACAGCCUGGAGUUUGCUACAAAACCUCGGGGUGGAAAGUGACGACAAAGCCUCAUCUCAACUUUGUCUUCCAGUGGGCGUGGUUACCAUGUGCAAGAGCAUUCAGAUUUGUUUGACAGUGCAGCUGCCUAAAUGGUUUGGUGGAUUGGCUGGUCAGGCCAUCUUCAUUGACACCGAGGGAAACUUUGUGCCUUGUCGCGCGCAACAAAUGGCCGAAGCUCUUGUUGCUCACUGUCGUAAACAUGUCACAUUUGAAGACGGUCAUGAACCAACCGAGGAAGAACGCGAACGUUUUUCUCCCACAGUGGAAAGUCUCAUGUCUGGGAUACACUAUAUCCGAAUUGCGGAUCAUGUGCAAUUGAUGGCCACGGUUCAACGACUGGAACAGUUCUGUUCAAAGCAAGCAAACGUGAGUAUCUAA